UGCAGAUAAUAUUGUCAAAAGGCCAGAAGUAUACACACUGUUAACAAUCGAUAAUGUGUAAGCACUGGUGGGUGGGUGGCCGUUCUCGCUCAAGUGGAGAUCCAACCUACCACUUACUGUCACCCACUGAACGUUAAGUAGUAGUGCAAUACGAGUUUUAAUAUUAAAUUAGUUAUUGUUUUACAUCGAAAUCACCGCUAAGAUGGAUACUCAAUUCUACACGACCCAUGUUAAGCAGUCUACUGCCAUCAAUUUGAGCGAUACAGGAUGUUUGUUAUAUCCAACAGAACGCAAUCUAAUUGUUUCAAAAUUGAAUUGUAUAGAAAUGUACAUAGUUAAUGAAAAUAGCCUUUUAUUUCUAACAAAAAAGGAAUUAAACGGAAAAAUUGAAAUAAUGAAAGUCUUUAGACGUCCAAACACGAAUAAAGAUUUGAUAUUCGUAGUAACUUCUGAAUAUAAUGCAAUGAUUUUGGAAUUUAAUAAGGCAUCUGAUGAAAUUCAAAUUAUUAUAAAAGGUCAUUGUAAUGUGUUUGAAGAUAAUCGGGUUGUAACAGGUUUCAUUGCCACAAUUUCUCCUCGUUCAAACGUAGCCUUGUUAUAUUUAUUUAAAGGAAUAUUUAAAACCAUACCAUUAAACCAAGAUAAACUUAAAAUACAUAAUAUUUUAACAAGUCAGACAAAUAUUCAAGGUAUUGGUUUUUUGCAUGGUUUUUAUUGUCCUACUUUUGCAUUCGUUUAUAAAAACGACAGAGGUCGAUACAUUAAAUUGAAAGAAAUUAAUUUUAAUUGGAAAAAUUGUAACAAGAGUUAUUCGAAAUUUGAAUUGAUUGAAAAUGAAACUGCAUUGGUCAUUCCUGUUCUUUAUCCUUUCUAUGGAGCCCUUAUUGUUAAUGAAAAUUCCAUUAUUUAUCAUAGUUGCUCUGAAAAAGAUAAUUCUAUUAAUGUUAAAUUAGAACAGAAAAUUGAAAUUCAAUGUUAUACUAUAGCGAAUAUGCUCGGAAAUAAAUAUUUAAUUGGAGACAAAACUGGAACUUUGUAUUGCUUAAUUUUAGAGCAUAUAGCAUUACAUACCGGAAAACAUAAAGUUUUUGGUAUACAACUAUAUAACUUAGGAGAAAUUAGUAUACCUACUUCACUAACAUAUUUAUAUAACAAAUUAUUUUUUUUUGCAUCUAAAUACGGCGACUCUCAAUUUGCUAAAUUAAAUUAUACAUAUCGUGAAGAAAAUUGUAUGUCCGUAAAAGUGUUAGAGAAACAUCUUAAUUUAGGGCCAAUUGCUGACAUGUGCAUAGUUGAUACUAGCCAAUAUGGUCAUCAGCAAAUUGUUACUUGUUCAGGGGCAUAUAAAGAUGGAUCACUUAGAGUUAUAAACAAGGGAGCAGAGAUUCAACAGAUAGCCACUAUUAAUUUGAGUGGAGUUAUAGGAAUUUGGACUUUAGGUUUUGAUACUGAAAGUAAAAAAGAUGAUACAGUAGUAUUAUCUUUUGUUUGGCAUAGUAAAAUUUUAGCCUAUAAUCAUGACGAGGUUGAAGAAAUAUAUGUUGAAGGUUUUGCAUCUGAAAUAAAUACACUUUACUGUGGUAAAAUAUAUGGAAAUAUGGUUCAAAUAACACCUAAAAGUGCUCGGUUAAUUUGUAUGAAGUCGAAGAAAUUAAUCUAUGAAUGGAGUAUCCCAGAUUCCAGAAAUAUUAAUAAUGCAACAUGUUGUGGCCAACAAGCGGUUUGCUCUGCAGGAAAGGAUCUAUAUUACAUAUUUAUUGAAAAGAAAACAAUCGUUCUAAGAAGGCAUUUUAAAUUAGAACAUGAUAUAUCUUGUCUAGAUAUUAAUUUAAUUAAUAUCAAUGAUUUUAUGGUUUCGCUUGCUGUUGGUUUAUUGGCAGACACAUCAAUAAAAAUAUUUUUACUUCCAAAUUUUAAAACAUUAAUAAAUGAAUCUUUAUUGGAAGGAGAUGUUCCUCGAUCGUUAUCCAUAGUUACAUUAGAAAAAUUUAAUUACUUAUUUUGUGCAAUGGGAAAUGGGAAUGUAUGUUAUUUUGACAUAAGUUUUGAACUUAGUAAAUUAUUGAAUAAAGUGGAGAUUGAACUUAGUACCCAACCAGCUUUAUUCGCAAAGUUUGUAUGUGAAUCAGAUAUGUUUAUAUGUUCGAAAUACUCAAUUUUAAUUGAAUCAAAUAACAAUAGAUUGGUCUUCACCAAAGUACUUAAUUCAUAUAAAAUUAAUAAUAUAUGCAAGAUCAACACGGAUAAUAAUUCCAAUAGAGUGAUUCUGGCUACAGACAACUCUAUUAUUUUUGGUACUAUUGAUACAAAGGAAAAAUAUCAUGUGCGAACUAUUCCCCUAGGAGAAUCUCCUCUACGAAUCGCAUACCAAAAAGAAAGCAAGACAUUUGGCAUAUUAACUUCCAAAACAUAUUUAAAAAGUAAAAUUAGAAGUGGAUGUAUUCAGCCUAGUGCUAGUAAUAUUACACAAAAUAUUUCUUCUUCAAAUGAAGAUCAUGUUAUGAUUCAGGAAGAUUUGAUAAACAGAAGCAAAAUAAGAUUAUUUAAUAACAAUCCAGAAAUAGUAAUCAAUAAUAUGAUUAUAUUAAAUGAAGAUAAUUUUGAUGUUUUACAUGUAUAUCAAUUACAUAACAAAGAACAUGCGUUAUGUAUUAUAUCAGCUAAAUUUCCAAACGAUCCAGAUACUUAUUAUAUACUGGGAACGGGUACGAAAACAGGUCAAUGUCAAAAUCCUAAUAACGGACGAAUCGUUGUUUUUCAUUUUGAUUCUACUUCAUCAAUAUUGACUACUAUACAUGACGAAGAUAUUGAUGGUUGUUGUCAUAGUUUGACUGUAAUUGAUGACAUGCUUUUAGCUAUAAUUGAUAACACAUAUAAGCUAUCUUUGAGGAACUUCUAUUAA